GCCAGGACGGGCGGUGCAUGGGCGCAGCCGGGCCGGGCGGACACGUAGCCGACGGGGACCCCGGGUGGAGCGCACCUUCCGCCGGGAGUCGCCGCGAUGCGCCGGAGCGGUUGUGAUGCAGUGAGGCACCGGACACGCAUCUGCUGAGCGCUCGCUGGACGUCGGGGCCGAGCCAUGCAAGCCAAUCAGGCCACUGAGUGGACGCUGCAGCUCCACGUUUUGUAAAAAUGAGAAGGAAAGUCGUGAGCAGAAAAUGACCGGAGGCAAUGAGAGUGUCACAGGAGACCCAGAUGGCGACCCACCGGUGGUCCAGGUUCCCGUGGGUUGGCAGCGAGUGGCAGACACGGGCGUCGUGGUCUACAUCAGCCCCAGCAGCCGAGUGCUUUGCUCCGUGGAGGAGGUGACCGCGUAUCUGCUGACCGAUGGCACUUGUAAGUGUGGCCUGGAGUGCCCCCUGCUAGUGCACAAGGUGUUCAACUUCGACCCCGAGGCGGUGGUGAGGCUGCGUAGCUCCGAGGACGUCAAGGCCGAAGAGGACAUGACCAAACUGUGCAACCACCGGCGAAAAGUCAUCGCCAUGGCUACGCUGUGCAAGAGCAUGGAGGCGUCCGGCCCGGUGCUGGACGUGCCACCGGCGGCCCCUCUGGGGGGCGUCAAGGAGAAGGAGCUCCUGAGCAGGCCCGGCCUCGGCGCCUCAUCGCGGAGUCUGAAGGUCUGCUGCCCGGGCGGCAACCCCUCUGUAGCCGCUCAAGUCGGAGAAGGCCAGCUGCCCUCCGUGCCCACCACUCCGGGGAGUUUGCCAGCGAGACUGAAGGCCCCAGGGGUUGCCUUGGAUGUUUUACCUCAACGAUGCCAGCCCGACUCCUGUCCCCCCGGGGGCCUGUCCAUCAAGUGGCCCAAGACCUGGCUGGAGUCCAUCCUGCAGCCGGUGGCAGCCGCCCCCCUCGGGCAGCACCACUCGUUCCCGGCCAGCAGCCUUCUGUCGGCCGCCGCCAAGGCUCAGUCGGCGGGCCAGAAGGGGGGCACUUCGGCCGUCACAAGCACUUUACACAACGGAGGGGCCGGCCAGCCCCCGGGCAGCUGCACCCCGCACGAAUCUCCUGAACGGCAGGCCAGGAUGCCACGCAAGCAUUGCCCGCCCCUGCUGCUGGACGUGGCCGACGAGCUGCCCAACUACCUGCUGGCCUCGGGGAUGGAGCCCACGGAAGGUGCCCUGCCCCGGCAGAACGAGCCUCCGGAUGCGGUCCAGAGCCGGACUCCCGUGCCCCCCACGGCACAACCGCUGUCCACCUUACUUCAGCUCCUUGGCACACAGACGACGGCGGCGGGCAGCGUGGCCACCUCAGCCCCCUCGCUUGUGUCCGCCGCCAGCUUUUCCACUUCUCCACCAGCCUUUCCAGCCAUCAAUCUGCACAUUGGCUCUUCUUUGGCCACCAUGCCAGAUGCCACCCCCUGUCCCAGCCUUGCAGUCGAUGGCACCGCUCUGCAGGAUCUCAGUGGCCAGCUGCUGGCCGUGCUGGGGCAGCUGCCCUCCUCCUUAUCCACACCUGUGCAGACCUCAGGGAAUCUCAAGCCAACGGCGGGCCCCACUGCCAGCCUGUCGGGCGGCAGCACCGUAACAGGCACUUCGAGCUGCUGCCUUCUUUCACCAUCAUCGGGGGGGCUUCUGUGCCCGCUGCCCCUGGCAGACGCCUUCCCGCUGGUGAGCCAGGAGCCGCUGCUUCAGCUGCUGGCCGGCGCCGGGCUGCCCCCCGUCCUUAGCACUUCCUUCAUCGCUGAGCCGCCGGCGCCCCCAGUCAACCUGCUGCCGUCCCUGCUGGCCAGUCAGGCGGAUGUCCCCGUCGGGCUCUGGGGUCUUCCCAACGUGGUGCUGCCCUCCACCGAGCCCUCAGACAAGCAGCCUGCCCAAGCCCUGCUGACCGCCUCCCUCUUGCCCCUCGGAGGGCUCAACUUGGACUUCCUGCAGGCGCCGCCGGACAAGGCCGCCCCCGACGACGGGACCCUUCAGAGCCUGCAGUCCCUGCUGUUCCCCGCCCUGCUGCCCCCGCUGGUGGCAACAGCUGAUGCGCAGCAGGUUGGCUUCACCGGCUCCGAGGCGGAUGCCCUGCUUCCAGCCAGCACGCCAGCAUCCACCAAGCCAGGCACCCUGACCUCGCACUUGCUGCCCUCGCUCCUGGGCGGCAGCCUCCUGGGUGACCUUGUGACCCUAAGUGGCGGCAGCCUCCCACCUCUGUCCCUUUUACCAGCUGUGCCACUGCUCCCAGUGGGUGGGGCCGAGACCGUGGGCACCCCAGAGGAGGACCAGCAGCCCGCUGUGCCACCCCCCAAGUCCCUGGACUCCUACGGUGGCCUGAUGGAUGCCAUGUACGGCUCCCUGUUGCAGACGGCCGACAAGAGAGGUCUGGACGUGGUCGGCCUGGCAGAGCCCCCCCUCGCCGCCCCCAGUGCCUUAGCCCCGCCUUUCCAGGGGGACGCUGCUGGCCAAAGCGGACCGCCAUCUCACAGCCCCCGGAGGGCCUGCAGCGUCCGCAACCAGGACCUGACGAGGAUUGGCAUCGAGGUUGCCCAUUCCCCGGCCCGCGGCACGCCCAAGCUAACAGAUGGCAGCGGGACGCCACCUCGCUUUGAUGCGGCCACACGGGCGGCCACCCCAGAGGAAGCCAAGCUGGGCCGCCUCGGCCAGGAAGAGGGGGUCACUGGAGUGGAUGGCAUGGGCGGCAUGCAGCCCCAGGAGGAGGGCGCCUUCCUGCAGCAGUCACCGGAGAUGAAGGUCGACGUCAUCCAGCCAGAGACCCCAAAGAGGGGCCGGAAGAGGAAGCAGAGGCUUGGCUGUGACCCCAGACUCCUGCAGCACAAGCUGAGCAGCCGCAGCCGGGGGCCCCUCAACGACAGCUGGCCUGAGCAGGACCCCCACAAUCCCGAGCUGCCCAUCAAGAGCCGCCGCAGGAAGCUGCUCAGAUGACCUUUGGCUUUGCCACUCAGGUUGCCCGCCAUGCCAGGGAAACUCCCGACGCCUUAGGAGCCUUCUGGACGCCUCCCAUUAUGCAAUUUUACAAGUGGACUUUGCGCGGGGCAGCGUGCCCGCCGUUUGCUCUUUUGUGUAUAAUAUUUGUAGAGGAUUUUUAAUAUGGUUUUGUAUAAAAAAAAAAAAAAAAAAAAGACCCCAACGGAUCCACUAAAUUGUCACGCGUAGCUUUUCUAUGGCCGAGACGUUCUAAUUUAACAUUAAAAGUGCAAAAAAAGCUCUCUCA